UCACAGACUCCAGGAUUGACGAGGAGAACGAGCAACUGCUUCUCUCCAGAUGUUUUGUCCACACAGGAAGCUGUAAAGUGCCUGGAAACUGACCUAAGGUGAGUUCAGCAGGUUGAGUUGUUGUAACCUGUCAGAGAGAACUUGCAAAGCUCUGUCCUCGGCUCUAAGCUCAGAAACAUGUAUUCUGGGAGAACUAGACCUGAGUAACAACAACCUGCAAGAUUCAGGAGUGAAACUUCUUUCUGCUGGUCUGAUGAGUCCAAACUGGAAACUGGAAACUCUCAGCCUGUCAGGCUGCCUAAUCACAGAGGAAGGCUGUACUUCCCUGACCUCAGCUCUGAGCUCAAAUCAUUCCCACUUGAAAGAGCUUGACCUUCGCUACAAUCAUCCAGGAAAAUUAAAAGUGAGGCAGGGACUCAAAGAUCCACACUGGAAACUCAGGCUCGACCAUGGUGGACAGCAGUGGUUAAAACCUGGUCUGGGGAAGUAUUUCUGUGAAUUAAAAGUGGACACGACUUCAAUAAAUAAAAAACUCAAACUGUCUGACAACAACAUGAAGGUGACCGUUGUGGAGGACAAGCAGCCAUAUCCUGAUCAUCCAGACAGAUUUGACUGGUGGAAACAGCUUCUGUGCAAAAAUGGGCUGAUUGGUCGCUCUUACUGGGAAGUUGAGUGGAAAGGAGGCAGUUUUAUAUCAGUGAGUUACAAAAGCAUCAGAAGAAGAGGAAACAGUGCCGACUGUAAAUUUGGGGGAAAUGAUCAGUCCUGGAGUCUGAUGUGUUCUGAUGCUUUUGGUUACUCAUUCUGGCACAACAAUAGAGAAACACCCAUCUUCUCCUCCUCCUCCUCAGUCUCUCACAGUGUAGGGGUGUAUGUGGACUGUCCUGCUGGCACUCUGUCCUUCUACGGAGUCUCCUCUGGCACUCUGAUCCACCUCCACACCUUCAGCACCACAUUCACUGAACCUCUGUAUCCUGGGUUUGGACUGUGGUCCAGUGACUCAUCUGUGUUUCUGACUCCUUUGUGUACUAACAAGUCUGUAGAGCUAGACUGUUUAGAAGAGACAGAAACUACAAGUCAAUGGUAUGAAAGCUGAAUGUGGAUGAUGUUUCUCUUUUGUUUGCUUUGAAUCACAUAUUCUGAGAUUGAUAUGUUGUGAUGUGAUUUUGCUUUGCAUGCUUAUCUCCUCACCACUUUACUUUGAACUCACUGAUUGUUAACCUCUAAUAUCUCUAAUAUCAGCACAUAAAUAUGUGGGGACAUCUGAAAUGUGCAAAAUCACAGGCUGAAGCCAAAUUUUGGAGGGCUCAGACUUUUUUAAAUGUCACCAUUACUGUUGGAUAUAAAAGUUGGCAGUGCCCAUUUUACGGCUGUUUACUGCAGGAGCAUAACUGUAAUGUUUUUGUAAACUUUAACAGUUUACUGUUUACACAAUAAUAAUAAUAAACACAUUACUUUUGCAUUUCAGAUAAAAUAGCAUGUCAACAGAAAAGGGUUUACCUUUUCUGUUGACAUGCUAUUUUAUCUCAAGAUUAACUAUUUUUAAAGACUAUGAUGUUUGUGAAUUAAUGGUUGCAGUUUUAUAAAUCUAAGAAACAUUUAAAGGUUUUAGUUCAAGUAAUGUUAAAAGCUGUUUUACAAAGUGCCAAAAAUUGUAAAUCAUUCAGUAAUCAUUAAUAAAGCUUAAACAUAUCAAAUGUUCCAUGAGGGCAAGAAUAAACUGUUAAUGCUUUACUAAUAAUAUUAACAUAAAAGUAAAAGUCUAUAUGUUGUGUUUAUUUUCAUAUAUAUGUGUUGUUUAUAUUUGUCACCAGCAGUGUGGCUGAUUACUUGACUCCAGCUGUUAUGGUUAAUGACUUUCAAGAUGA